UAGCAGAUCCUACAUUAGCUGAAAUGGGAAAAAACUUGAAGGAGGCCAUGAGGAUGCUGGAGGACAGUCAGAGAAGAACAGAGGAGGAAAAUGGAAAGAAGCUCAUAUCAGGGGAUAUUCCAGGGCCACUGCAAGGCAGUGGACAAGACAUGGUGAGCAUCCUCCAGCUAGUUCAGAAUCUGAUGCACGGAGAUGAAGAUGAGGAGCCCCAGAGCACCCGGACCCAGCAUAUUGGAGAACAAGGUCAUAUUGCUUUGUUGGGACACAGUCUGGGGGCUUAUAUUUCAACUCUGGACAAAGAAAAGCUGAGAAAACUUACAACUCGGAUACUUUCAGACACUACCUUAUGGCUAUGCAGAAUUUUCAGGUAUGAAAAUGGCUGUGCUUAUUUCCAUGAAGAAGAAAGAGAAGGACUUGCAAAGAUCUGUAGGCUUGCCAUUCACUCUCGUUAUGAAGACUUUGUGGUGGAUGGGUUCAAUGUGUUACAUAACAAGCAACCUGUUAUAUAUCUUAGUGCCGCUGCUAGGCCUGGCCUGGGCCAGUACCUUUGUAAUCAGCUUGGCUUGCCCUUCCCCUGCUUGUGUCGUGUGCCCUGUAACACUAUGUUUGGGUCCCAGCAUCAGAUGGAUGUUGCCUUCCUGGAGAAACUGAUUAAAGAUGAUAUAGAACGAGGAAGACUGCCCCUGUUGCUUGUUGCAAAUGCUGGAACUGCAGCAGUAGGGCACACGGAUAAGAUCGGGCGUUUGAAAGAACUCUGUGAGCAGUACGGCAUAUGGCUUCACGUGGAGGGUGUGAAUCUGGCAACACUGGCUCUAGGUUAUGUCUCCUCGUCAGUGCUGGCCGCUACCAAGUGCGAUAGCAUGACCCUGACUCCGGGCCCGUGGCUGGGUUUGCCAGCUGUUCCUGCCAUUACCCUUUAUAAACAUGACGAUCCUGCCCUGACUUUAGUUGCCGGUCUUACAUCAAAUAAGCCAGCAGACAAACUCCGUGCCCUGCCUCUGUGGUUGUCUUUACAAUACUUGGGACUUGAUGGGAUUGUGGAGAGGAUUAAGCAUGCCUGUCAGUUGAGUCAACGAUUGCAAGAAAAUUUGAAGAAAGUGAACCACAUCAAAAUCUUGGUGGAAGAUGAGCUCACUUCUCCAGUGGUGGUGUUCAGAUUUUUCCAGGAAUUACCAGGCUCGGAUCCGGGACUGAAAGCCGCCCCGGUGCCCAGCGUGGCCCCUUCGGCAGUCGGCCGGGAGAGGCACUCCUGUGAUGCGCUGAACCGCUGGCUGGGAGAAGAGCUGAAGCAGCUGGUGCCGGCGAGUGGCCUCACGGUCGUGGAUCUGGAGGUCGAGGGCACGUGCCUGCGGUUCAGCCCUCUGAUGACAGCGGCAGUUUUAGGAACUCGGGGAGAGGAUGUGGAUCAGCUCGUAGCCUGCAUCCAGAGCAAGCUGCCGGUCCUGACGUGCACAUUCCAGCUGCGAGAGGAGUUCAAGCAGGAGGUGAUGGCAACGGCAGGUCUCUUAUACGUCGAUGACCCUAACUGGCCUGGAAUAGGGGUUGUCAGGUAUGAACAUGCUAAUGAUGAUAAAAGCAGUUUGAAAUUAGAUCCAGAAGGGGAGAAAAUCCAUGCUGGACUCCUGAAAAAGUUAAACGAACUGGAAUCUGACCUUACAUUUAAAAUGGGCCCUGAGUACAGAAGUGUGAAGAGCUGCAUUUACAUUGGCAUGGCCAGUGAUGACAUAGAUGUUUCCGAACUAGUGGAGACCAUCGCAGUCACGGCCCGAGAGAUUGAGGAAAACUCGAGGCUUCUGGAAAACAUGACAGAAGUGGUUCGGAAAGGAAUUCAGGAAGCUCAGGCUCAGCUGCAGAAGGCAAACGAGGAGCGACUUCGGGAAGAGGGGGCGUUACGGCAGAUCCCUGUAGUGGGAUCCGUGCUGAACUGGUUUUCUCCAGUGCAAGCUUCACAAAAGGGAAGAACGUUUAACUUAACAGCAGGCUCCCUGGAGUCCACGGAACACACAUACGUCUACAAAGCACAAGGCACGGGAGUGACGCCGCCUCAGACCCCCUCAGGCACCCGCACUAAGCAGAGGCUUCCAGGCCAGAAGCCUUUUAAAAGAUCCCUAAGAGGCUCAGAUGCUGUGAGUGAGACCAGCUCAGUCAGUCACAUCGAAGACUUAGAGAAGGCGGAGCACCUGCCCGGUGGGCCUGACGCCCCGGAGGCUGACAGCCCUGAGCAGCUCGCCCCUGCGGGAGCGGAGCAGCCCGCCGCCCCCCAGAGCAGGGCCCAGCGCCCGGACGAUGACAAGCCACAGGUAGAAGAGCCUGAGAGCCUGAGAUAAAAUUCAGUGUUUGCUUGGAGACUGUACUGAAUAUUGUUUCAGGGAAGAUGAAUUUAUUCUGAAAAUGUGAACUGUGCCACAUGCUAAUACAAGAGAAAUUACCGUUAUUUGUGCUUAACUGGGAUUUUUGCACAAAUAUGUGCCUGAAAGCCAGGCUUGUGGGAGGGCAGUUGUCUAAUUUUAAGGGUAUGUAGAUCAGUAACUUGUUUCUGUCUACCCAAUGGUGGUAGUAAGACCAUUUUUCCCCCGUUUACCAUAAACACUUUUUAUUCACAAAGAACACUUAGAAUUUCAAGUGCCUGCCACUUGAAACACUUGUCCUUGUCUUUCUAAAUGUAAGUGUAAGAAGUUACUAGGUUGCACAUAAUAACUUUUUGGUAAGACAGCUUUCUCUAGAACUCUCCGGGUCCUCCGUUGUCCUGCUGCAGAGGAGAGAGACAGCAUUCUUUGCCAUCUGUUUUCCUUGGUGUUUAGUUUAAUCAGGUUGCAAUAUACAGCUGGAUUGUAUUCAGCCUGAAGGAGAAUGGGUUUCGGUGGGAUUGUAAAUAAGAGUGUCAGAAGCCCUCUCCUGCCGUCCCCAACUGCCACAUCCCCUGGAGACGUAAGGACUGUGUCCGCUCGAGUUGUGACGGGGCCGUCAACACUGUCUGUGACUCACCUCUGCCACAAGUCCAUCUCUCCCUUUAUAUACUGUUUGUAAACAAGGUAAAGGACUUGUCUAUCAAGGGUAACUGUAAAGACUCUUCUGACCAUAUUAUAUAUAUAUAUGUAUAUUUUUAAAUACUGGUAAAGCUUUUAAAUUGGCACAAGCACAGACUGUACUCAUUUCUGUGUUUAAUAUCUGAAAACCCCGUAGAUGCUACUCUUAAGAGCCUCAUAUGAAAUAUGCUGUGUGGCACCUAGUUAAGUCAAAAUCCUGAAAUAAGUGCCCCCUUGACCUGUUCAUGUGGGAGCAGCUCACCCAUUUGGGCCCAACUCAGAAAUGAAAACCACGGAUGUAAUCUUUCUCAGGCUGACCGAACCAGACUACUGCUGAAAUAAUCGGAAGUAAACCCUUAAUUAUUGCCCAUUUCUACUUUUCCGAAAGCACUGCAUCACUUCGUUUAUCAUAGGUGAUGGCCCUGUGCCUUCUGGUCCAGCAGAAUCAAGCUACGGGAGACCUUAAGAUGCUAGGACUUCACACUGGGGUUGUGGACUGUAGUGUUGGGAGCCUUAGUUACGUACCACAUUAGGCCUAUAAUUACAUUCUGAUUUGAUGUGAUUUCUGACAUUUGGCACUUGUCAAAAUGCAAUUUUUGUCUUUUUUUUUUCCUUGGUGCAGAUGAUUAAACAGAGUCUUCCUUGUUUAUUUGGUGCAAUGAAGUAUAGAUAACAUGGGGGAAGGGGAAAUUAUCACCUUUAACAAGAUUAAUUUUUAAAUGUUUUUAUAUAUUUGGAAUUGUUAAAAUUGAUUUUGCUGAAAUACCAUUUCACCCUUGAGAUACUAUUUGAAUGUUGGUUUCAAUAAAGGUUCUUGAAAUUGUUA